CUUCUCCUUCUCCUUGCUGCAGCUAUCGAUCGACGAAGAGGAAAUCAUUGGUAGCUUCGAAAAUCGGCACUGAGUAGCCUCUCGGCGGCCAUCUUCCGUUGCAUAACUGGCGAUCGGAUCCUCAGCCUCGCACGGGGAAAGGCCUCUUCCAUUUCUCGUAUCCAGCUGUGAAUCUUGCUUGGAAGUUACUAAAAAUUCGUUUCGACCAAGUCAGGAUCUCGGCCGAACGCCUAACACUGUAAACGUGUUCUGCUUCCUUCCGACCGCCGACGGGCGGGUUUUCUGGUGUUCUCGACUACCGAUCUUUAAAUUUGUAUGGCGGCGGAACAGGGCCAGGUUCCAAACGCGGACGCCUUCGAUGCCUACUUCAGGAGAGCUGAUGUGGACCAGGAUGGAAGGAUCAGCGGAGCAGAGGCGGUCGCUUUCUUCCAGGGAUCCAACUUACCCAAAGAAACCCUUGCUCUAGUAUGGUCCUAUGCUGCUGGUGGAAACAGUUCUUUGGGGCGUUUGGAGUUCCACAAUGCGUUAAGACUUGUGACAGUUGCUCAAAGUGGGCGACAACUUACAGCAGAUAUUGUGAAGGCAGCAUUAUAUGGUCCAGCUGCAGCUAAAAUUCCAGCGCCAAAGAUAAAUCCUGCUCCUGGUUCUGCAGGACAGAUGAAUAGCGUGGCUACUUCUGCACCCCAAGCAAAUCAAAUGUUAGUGCAGCCUACUCAGACUGGUUUUAUAAGGCCACCUGGUUCUCAGAUAAAUUCCAUGGCUUUUUCUGCACCUCAAACAAAUAACAUAUUGCCACAGCCUGCUUCAACAGGUUUUGUGCGACUGCCUACUUCUCAAAUGACUGCUGCACCAUUGCCUCAAUCUUCUCAGUCAGGAUUUAUGAGGCCUCAUGCUUCUCAGAUGAAUUCUAUGGCUACAUCCUCACCCCAUGCAAAUAGCAUGAUACAACAGCCUCCUCAGGCUAGCUUUAUGAGGCCUCCUCCUCAGCUGAAUUCCACAUUCACUUCCACACCCCAAGCAAAUAACAUGUUAUUGCAGCCUGCGCAGGCUGGUUUCAUUAGGCCAAAUCCUUCUCAAAACACUGGUCUCACUGGACAACAGAUGCCCAUAGCCACAGGUUUAAACUACCAGGGUUCCCCUGCUACACAGAGCAAUGUUUCGAGGCCGCCUCAAGCUUCACAAGUUGCAGCAUCACAUCCAGUGCAGGGGUUUAGUCAAGGACUCAAUGCUGCGAGUACUGCAAUAAAUCUAUCUUUAUCUACUGACGGGAUUGCUGGUAGGAGUAGCGGGUCACAAGGAGCUGUUAAUUCUCAAGUUCCUAACCAUGCGUCCAUUGCAGAUAAAGAUGGUUUUGGUAUAGUUCAUUCAAAUCUGGAUGCAACUUCUAAACCGCAAAUCCAACAUGUACACUCUUCCCCAAUCACUUCAAGGCCUCUUGAUCCAGUGUCAGCCUCCUUCCAAACUACUUCCAAGGAUUCAAACGUUUUGGGUGUUUCCGGAAAUGGUUUUUCUUCCAAUUCAAUAUUUGGUGGCGACGUAUUUUCAGCAGCCCAGAUUAAGCAGGAUGCUUCCAUACCUAUCUCGUCUGCAAACAGUUUCUUCAACUCAUCUAAUUCGGCCCCUGUAGCACCUAAAAAUGCUGCAAAUCCAAGUCAGCAUGUUAAUAUUCAGGUCAUGCCAGGCCUUCCUCCAGUUGCAAAUCAGUUUCAGAGGACUCAACCCCCUAUUAAACAGAAUCAGCCAGAGACAAUACAAAACAAUUUGGCAUUGCCUGCUCACAGUGUUCCAAGUGGCCCUGAUAGCAGUGUUUCCACUCAAAAUGAAGUUCCAUGGCCGAAAAUUACUCAGUCUGACAUUCGGAAGUAUACUAAAGUUUUUUUGGAAGUUGACAAGGACAGGGAUGGUAAAAUUACUGGUGUAGAGGCUAGAAACCUGUUCUUGAGUUGGAGACUACCUAGAGAGAUCUUGAGGCAAGUGUGGGACUUAUCAGACCAGGAUAGUGAUAGCAUGCUUUCAUUGAGGGAGUUUUGUGUUGCUGUUUACUUGAUGGAGCGCUACAGAGAAGGCCGUCCUCUUCCUUCUGUCCUUCCUAAUAGUGUAAAGUUCGAUCAAACUUUAAUACUUGCAACAGGGCAGCCAUCAUCUGCAUAUGGUGCGUCAGCUUGGCAGCCAAGGCCUGCUUUAUCUCAACAGCCAAUGCCGGGCUCUCUUUCUGUUGUGCCUCCCACUAGGGUGGAGUCUUCCACAAGGACUCCAAUCCCUUCUCAGCCUGAUGAUGUAGUGUCGCCAGUGCAACCAAAAACAAAAGUGCCAGUGUUGGAGCAGAACAUGUUGAACCAGCUUAGUGAAGAGGAACAGAAAGCGCUCAACUCGAAGUUACAAGAAGCAACUGAUGCUGAUAAUAAGGUUCAAGAAUUGGAGAAGGAGAUCCUUGAUUGUAAGCAGAAGACCGAAAAUUACCGCAAACAGAUGCAAGAACUUGUUCUCUACAAAAGCAGGUGUGACAGCAGACUAAAUGAGGUCAUAGAAAGGGCUGCUGCUGACAAACGUGAGGUUGAGCUGUUGGCAAAGAAGUAUGAGGAAAAGUAUAAGCAGACAGGAGAUGUGACUUCUAAACUGACACUGGAUCAGUCUUUGUUUCGGGAUAUUCAGGAGAGAAAGAUGGAGUUAUAUAAUGCAAUUGUAAAAAUGGAACAAGGUGAACUGUCAGAUGGUGUGCUUCAGGAACGCGCCGAGAAAAUACAAACUGAUCUGGAUGAACUGGUAAAAGCUUUGAAUGAGAGGUGUAAGGAUAGUGGUUUACGAUCGAAGCCCACUUCACUAGUGGAACUUCCGUUUGGUUGGCAACCUGGCAUUCAAGAAGGAUCUGCUGAUUGGGAUGAAAGCUGGGACAAGUUUGACAAAGAUGAUGGGUUUACAAUCAUCAAGGAACUUACUCUUGAAGUGGAAAAUGUUGUUGCACCUGAAAAACUGAAGUCCACCUCAGUUACGAGUGGCAAAGUACCAGCGGUCACAGCUACAUCAAAUGAAAGUGAUAAAGCCACUAAAGAUGAGGAGCUUGCAUCUUUCUCCAAAGUAGAGGGCAAGACUGGUAAGUCUUUGACUACCGGAGGGCUUUUAACUGAAGCUGAAUUGUCUCAUGUGCAUGGUGAAGAUGGUUUGGUACGAAGCCCCUCUGGUAGUCCUGGAAGAAGUACUAUUGAAAGUCCAUCUCGAGAAUUUCAAUCUACAUUUUCACCUCAUGUCCAUGCGAAAGAACAUCACAGUGAAUUUGAUGGUCCUGAAUCCAGCAUAUCUGGGGAGAAUUUUACUGACGAGGUAACUUGGGGUGCAACUUUCGACAGCGAUGACGCCGAUUCUCUUUGGGGCUUCAAUCCAAUCAAGACAAAGGAAGCUUUUCAUGUUGGGAGCAGGCUGGACUCUUUUUCUGGUCCUGGAGACUUUGGUCUUGGGGCAGAUUCACCUAGCGCAGCAAGUGUUUUUGGGAAAGACAGAGGCCCAUUCUUUGAUUCAGUUCCAAGCACUCCUCUCUUCAACUCUGGCUUCUCACCCAAAUUUAAUGAAGGACUAGAUGACCACUCUUUCAAUACCUUCAGUCGAUUCGAUUCUUUCGGCAUGAACGACAGCACCUUCCCCUCGAGCGGAACCCUAGCAAGAUUCGACUCAAUGCGCAGCACAACCGAUCAAUCGCAUGAUGCCUUCUCUAGAUUCGAUUCCUUCCGCAGCACGACCGACACACCAAGAGAGUUUUCAAGAUUUGAGUCCACGAUCGGCACAGCCGAAUCUCCUCGCAAAACCAUAGCGAGAUUCGACUCGAUCCAAAGCACCGCUGAUUAUAAUCAUGGAUUCUCCUUCGACGAUCCGGACCCCUUCGGAUCCGGGAUCUUCAAGACCUCGGAGAGCCAUACCCCCAAGAAGAACAGUGAUCCAUGGAGCUCCUUUUAACGAACUGCAUUCCCAAUGUCAUGUCCAAGGAGUUCCAUUGCAAUUCCAGUAAGAUUUGUCUCCAAUUUUGUGUGCUAUAUUAUCAUGCUUUUGUGAAUGCGUUUGUUGCAGCUUUGGGGCUUUUCUUUCCUUCAGAUUAUGUUGUCUUUCUUUAUUUGUCUAUUUUAUAGCUUGCCUGUGGAUGAAAAUAGAUUUUCUCUUAAUUUUUUUUUUCUGAAGCCCUCUCAUUUUUUUUUUUUCAUGAUUUAUGGAUUGUAACUAAAAAGGUUGAUCAUUUGAACUAUAUAAAUACUUAAGGACUUCUGGUUAUGUAAA